CACCGGAGGGAGCGCCACGACGGCACCGGGCACCGGCGGAGGAGGAGAUAACGCGGAGGCCUCGCGGCGCAAACUCCCCAGGUACUCGCGCUCCUUCCUCCCCGCAACCCACCAGCUCGAGCCUCGCCGGCGCUCCGACCAGCACUCGCCGUGCGUUUCUCUUGCGGUUGGGAAGGGGUUUACCUCGCUCGGAGUUGCUCCGCCGGCGGAGAAUGUGGUAGCCACGCCGCGGCCGAAACCUCGUGGUGUGUGUGUGUGUGUGAUGGCGGCGCCGCCGCCGAGCGCGACGGUGGGGCUGAUUCCCAACCUGGCGGGGCGCGGGGUCUUGCUCCCCGCCUCGGCGCCUGAUUCGAGCGCGUGCCACGGGUUCGUGGUUCCGACGAGGAGGAGGAGGAGGGUCUCCGUGGCGCCGUUUGGUUGGGGUUUGGCGAGGAGAGGCCGGGUUUCUGACGCGAGAGCGGAUGGUUUUGGUGCUAUGUGCGCGGUGGCUGGCGGCGAGGCUGGUCCCGGUUCGUCCGAGUUGCGGCACGUCGAGAAGGAGCUGACGUUUAGCCCGACUUUCACCGACUAUGUGAAGAUCAUGGAGUCGGUGAAGUUGGACAGGAGCAAGAGUUUAGAGAGCACAGAAUCGGAUGGAAGGAGCUCGAGGAGGAGGUUUACAGGCGAUGGCGAUGCACCGGUUGUUCGGCGAGGGGACGAGAGGUCAGGUGAUGGAAGGAGUACAUCUUUUGAUAGGCAAAAGGGAUCUCAGAGGAACAGAGGGGAUGUGAAUGAGAGGAGCAUGGCGAAUAAUGAUAUUCAGAACAAUAGUAUUAGGUUAGUAGAGAAAAAAAAGCCAGGUGAUGUUGAAAAGCGUCGGGGAAGACAGGGAAAGGUAGAUGAAUAUGUACAGAGAAGAAUUGUUCGAGGUGAGAUUAGUGAAGAUGAAGGUAAUGUUGAUAAAAAUGAGCGCAAGCAGUUUACAUUGCAGUUGAAGAUGAAAGAUACUAGAGGUAGUAUGGUUGCUCAUCAAUCAGAGAGAAACAUGCAUGUUCAGUCAAAUGCACGGAAGGGUUUGCAAAGACAGUCGACUUCGAUGGUAAGCCAUAUUUCUAGCCCUUCAAACAGCAGAAUUAUAUUGGAGAACACCAAGUCUUUGGUAAAAAGGGGAAAGGAGAACUUUAGUAGCCCAGCAAGAAGCAUAUAUGAGAACAAUUUCAAAUAUCCCAGAGAAAGAAAAUUUACCAACUAUGAUGUCAAUGCUGAUGAUAAAUUUCAAAGAUACCAGCAAACAACAGAAAAUUCAGGGAGAGGUGUUGUAGUGGGAAGGUUUGGAGAGGGUGAUAUUGAUUAUAACAAGGCUACUGUAAGCAAAAGAUAUGGCAAUAGGCAGGCAACGUCUGGGCAUGAUGGUCAUCCAACGGUCAGCUUGAAGCGUGGAAAACCUGAAGCAAUUCGAAUGCAGAGAGGGGAAAAUGUCCAAACAGGGAAGUUUAUUAGGAGAGAUGCGAAAGCUAUAGACUUGGACGAUAGAGCUGCUUUCAAGACUUUUGAGGUAUUCACUGAUGUCAGAAACAGGCCACGGGUUCUUCAAAUGGAACUGGAAGAUAGAAUUCAGAAAUUGGCUAGUCGGCUGAAUGCUACAGAUGUAAAUACUCCAGAGUGGAAAUUCUCCAAAAUGAUUCAUGAUGCAAAAAUCAAAUUCUCUGACCACUCUAUCCUAAGGGUCGUUCAAAUACUGGGUCGAUAUGGAAACUGGAAACGGGUCUUGCAAGUUGUUGAAUGGCUUCAAUCCCGUGAAAGAUUCAAGUCCUACAAGAGCAGGUAUAUUUAUACAACAGUGCUUGAUGUUCUUGGGAAGGCAAAAAGACCUUUUGAGGCAUUGAAUGUAUUUUACACCAUGCUGGAUCAAUUGUCUUCUUAUCCUGACAUGGCUGCUUAUCAUUGUAUUGCUGUGACUCUUGGCCAAUCUGGUCUUGUAAAAGAGCUAUUUGAUGUGAUUGACCGCAUGCGUUCUCCUCCUAAGAAGUUUAAGCUAAGUCCUAUUCAGAAUUGGGAUCCUAGGUUGGAACCAGACCUCAUUGUGUACAAUGCGGUUCUGAAUGCCUGUGUGCAACAAAAGCAAUGGGAAGGAGCAUUCUGGGUUCUGCAACAGUUGAAAGAGAAGAACAUCCGCCCUACAAAUACAACAUAUGGUCUUGUAAUGGAGGUAAUGCUUGUUUGUGGCAAGUACAACUUGGUGUACGAGUUCUUCAAUAAGGUGGAGAAAACGUCAAUACCCGGCACUUUGAACUAUAAAGUUCUCAUUAAUGCUCUUUGGAGAGAAGGGAAGAUUGAUGAAGCAGUCAUGGCUGUCAAGGGUAUGGAAAGUCGUGGAAUAGUUGGUUCUGCCAGUCUUUAUUAUGACCUUGCUAGGUGCCUUUGCAGUGGAGGCCGGUGCAAAGAGGCACUUCUCCAGGUCGAGAAGAUUUGCAAGGUUGCAAACAAACCACUGGUUGUUACCUACACAGGACUGAUCCAAACCUGUAUAGACAAUGGAAGCAUGGAAAAUGCUAAAUACAUAUUUGACGAAAUGUGCAAAUACUGCUCACCUAAUAACAUAACAUGCAACAUCAUGCUGAAGUCAUACACUGAACAUGGAAUGUUUGAGGAUGCAAAAGAUCUAUUGGAGAAUAUUCUCAGUGGCAGGAUAAGGAGUAAAGUGGAAUCGAGUCAAAAGGCAAUUGCAGACAAGUUUACUUUCAAUAUUUUCAUGGAGGCCUGUGCUGAAGCAAAGAGGUGGAAUGAUUUUGAGUAUGCAUUUCGCAAAAUGUUAUCUAGUGGCUACCACUUUGACGAACGAAGGCACCUUCGUAUGGUGCUUGAUGCAUAUAGGAACGGGAAGGAGCAGUUAUUGGAAGAUGUAUGGGACUACAUGUGCCAAUAUGGCCGAGUUCCGCCUGCCCCCAUGAUAAUGGAAAGAUUUUGCCUGAAACUGAGACAAGGGGACACAGUGGCGGCGAUGUCCUGCAUCAAUACCUUUCAGGAGAGCAAGAUACGCAAUGUUUCAUCCAUGUCCUGGUUCAAUCUGCUGAACCGUAAUGGGGAUCGCUUGAAGGAGGAUAUUAUUAUCAAGCUACUUCAUGAACUCAACAACCUUGUAAGCUCAAGUGGUCACUCUGAUUCUUUGUAUCAAAAUAUUAUAAGUAGCUGUACAGAAUUCCUUUCUGUUUCCACCUCUGUAGAAAAGGCGUCUUCUGAUCAGCAGAUGCUUCCCUGUACGUCAUAGCUACUAUAUAUUAAUAUGCCAUUAUCUAAAAGAAAAUCAGAGUUUGGUCAUUGGUCA